AGGGGUUAUCAAUUAUGGGUUUAAUAGUAGUCGAUAAAAGUCGGAGUGAAGGAAGGACAGGGUCGACUAGUAGCAGCAUCCGACGAUGCAGAUCGGACCGCUCUAGCUAAUCAAAUCAGUCAACUUAUGAAACAAGAAUCAGACCAUAGUACAGGUAAUACAAUAAAGAUUAGUGAUGAUAAAGUCCAGCAGUGCUCAAUCGCCCAAAUCAGUCAAAAUAGUGUUUCCCAAAUCAUCAAUUCAAGGAAUAGGUAUCAAAUAUAAUAAGGCUAACAUGCUAGGUUGUUGAUGGUGGGGAUCCAAGGAAGGCUAAUGAAUACUAGAGUGAAGGCUAGCACGACGAGCAGUCACAGCAACACAAAUUUAGGACCCUCUACUAUGGUUAACCUGGGUCCACAAAGAGAACAUCUGGAACCCUCCUAUGGAGUCUAUUAAACCAUGCAAAGAGAGAGAAGGAACAGAAAACAAAGAGAGAGAGAGGACGGAGAAAGAGAGAGAGGAGAGAGAGGAGAGAGGGCUCUCUUCUUCCCAAAACAGGGGAGGGCCCAUCUCUCCCUCUUCUUCUCGGAACAAGGGAUGGUGCAGCCAAGGCAGCCAGCUCCGCGAUGACUGCCACGGGUGGCCUUCAGUCGUAGCACCACCGGAGACGGUGGUCGGGCCAGCGGGAGGAAGAAAAAGAGGAAGAAACAAGAAAAAAAGAAAAGGAUCCCCACCAAACUCAGCAAAGGACUGUGUUGUGCUGGAUUCUCAAACAGACGAGUGGCUACCAUCAUCACUCCAAUCUUUGAUACUUGUUUUCUAUAAGUUUCCAGAUUCCCUUCGCCAGCACCAGAACUUCUCCGUGUUUAAGAGGUUGACAAUAAAGGACUGCAUGGAGCUGAAAUUUGUGCUCAGCUUGCGCCACCUCACAUCUCUCCAAAACCUGUUCAUAUAUGACUGUUGGGAACUCCAGCUCUUGCCAAAUGAGCAGCUGCCAUCCUCGCUUGAGUCAUAGGUAGUUAAUGGCUGCGAGAGCCUAAGAUCCCUUCCAUUGCUGCAUCAGAACCUAUCUUCAUUCAAGGAGCUUCAGAUAAUGGAUUGCCCCAAGCUCAGAACCGUGGCAGGGCUGAACAACCUUUCCUCUCUGCAGACCUUAAGAAUAAGUCAUUACCCUGAAUUCCAGUUCUCACCAGAUGAAUGGCUGCCAUCCAUUCCCCAACUCGUGGAAAUUGCUCAUUGCCCAAGGCUGAAGGAGUGGCGCCAAAGACAUCACAUCCAAAGCAUCAAGAAGCAUGGCAGGUGAACGAGGUCUGUGCUUUGCUCGCCAUUGACUUUACCCUGGCUCAGUCUUUCUGAGGAGAUGAGAGGGAGACGAGAAGAAAAGCCAAAGCCCUCUUCCUUGUUUGCCGUGUCUGAUCAGAGCUAGGAGGAAACCAAGGUUGUGCAAUGGCGAGCGCUUUCCUCUCUUCCAUCCUAUCAAAAACCAGCCAAGUAUGGGGCUUUGCUCAGAGAUCGGUAGUCUCGCCAUCUUCAUCAUCGGAUCCACGCAGCAGUGUUUUGGAAGAUCUGAAGGAGCUGAAGAGAACAUUGGAGAGGAUCCGGGCAGUGCUCCAUGAUGCGGAGGAGAGGGAGAUACGAGACGAAUCCGUCAAGCUCUGGUUGAGGGAGCUUAAAGAAGUGGCUUAUGAUGCAGACGACGUGCUGGACGAGUACCAGUACGAGGUACUCCGAGCCCAAGUGGAAGGCCGAGCUUCCCGCAAGAGGAAGCGAGUGGAAGGGGACGAUGAGGAAGAGGUAAGUGGUUCUCUUUCCACCAUAGUGGUUUCAAUUCCGGACGGCAUGGGGGAUAGAAUCAGGAAGAUCAGGGAGAGGUUCAAUGUGAUCUCGCAGCAUCGAGAAAGCCUCCGUUUAAGAGAGGAAGAUGGAGAGCGACGGGCCUACGAAGCUCCCUACCCAGUACCAACCAGCCACAUGGUGGAUGAGUCGAGUAUUUAUGGAAGGGAACGCGACAAGCAGAAGGUAAUUGAUUUGCUAUUUUCCGAGGGUGUGGAAAAUGGUGUCUCCGUCAUUCCGAUUGUCGGCAAGGGGGGACUGGGAAAAACCACCAUCGCCCAGUUGGUCUACAACGACUCCAAGGUAAAAGAAUAUUUCGAUCUAACUGGAUGGGUUUGUGUAUCCAAUGAUUUCGAUGUUCCAAGGCUAACAAAAGCCAUCAUAGAGUCUCUUACUCGAAGUUCUUGCGAUCUUACACAACUAAGCACACUUCAAGAUACUCUCAAGGAAAAGCUGAAGGGUAAGAGAGUGUUGCUUGUGCUCGACGAUGUCUGGAAUGAGCAACAAAGCCGUUGGGAGUCCUUAAGAAACCCCUUUGUCGGCGCAGAAAUAGUAAGAAUUAUCAUGACCUGUAGGAAUAAUUCGGUCGCCGAGAUCAUGCAGACAGUGUGUCCUUAUCAUCCUGGCUGCUUGUCUCAAGAGCAGUCUUGGUCAUUAUUCAGGCAUUAUGCAUUUGGUGGUCGAGACCCUGAAGAACAAUCGCGCUUGACGGAUAUGGGUAAGCAUAUUGUCAAGAAGUGUUCCGGUUUACCAUUGGCUGUAAAGUCAAUAGGAAGCCUUCUGAGAUACAUGGCAGAUGAAGAUAGCUGGAUGGAUGUCAUGCAAAGUGAUAUAUGGGAAGUCGACGAGAAUAAUGAGAUUUUGCCAGCUCUUAGAUUAAGCUAUAGUCGCAUGCCAGCACAUCUGAAACCUUGUUUCGUUUAUUGUUCCAUGUUUCCAAAGGAUUCUAAGCUUGACAAAUAUGUUUUAAUCAGAUUGUGGAUGGCGCAAGGUUACAUCCCAUCUGGAGGGAGAAGAAGAAUGGAAGACAUUGGAAAUGAAUAUUUCAAGGACUUGCAAAGAAGAUCGUUCUUUGAUUCCUACUAUUCUAAGUUUAAGGUUUUUACGAUGCAUGAUUUGAUACAUGAUUUAGCGAAAUCUAUUGCAGGAAAUGAGUGCUGGGCAAUUGUGGAUAAGAAGCUACCUGAUUUUCCUGGUGAGGUUCGCCAUUUGUAUGUGGAAGAUGAAGAGGAAUUUGUGAAUUCACUGCGCUCGUAUAAUUUUAACACCUUACGGACCUUGUUAUUACAGCAUCAGUAUAGAUAUCGAAUAGUAAUCUCAGAAAUAAUCAAGAAUCUGCCGCUACUAAGAUGUUUACGGACUCUAGAAUUUUGUUGGGAAAGGGAAGAUGAGAACCUAGAUUUACUCGAUAACCUAAAGCACCUGCGUUACUUAUGUAUCGUAUCCAAUAUAAUUGGGAAGCUCCCUGAAUCAAUAUGCCUCCUUUAUCACCUACAGACAUUGGUACUGGAUUGUCCGCAUCUUGCAGAGUUACCAUAUGGCCUAAGCAACCUUACCAACGUACGAUACUUACGUAUCACAUCCAACAAAAUUAAGAAGCUUCCUAAAUCAAUAUGCCUCCUUUAUCACCUACAGACAUUGGUACUUCAUUGCCGGAAUCUUGCAGAGUUACCAGAUGGCCUAGGCAACCUUACCAACCUCCACCACCUACAAAUUGUGAACAGGGUAAUUCUCUACCUGCCAGCUGGGAUCGAAAAACUAACAAAUCUUCAGAGCUUGCUUGGAUGUUAUAAAGUACAGGGUGGGAUAGGAGAAGUGUUGAAGGAUUUGGUGAACCUCCGAACUCUCAUCAUCUCAGGGCUCAGGAAUGUAGUCAACAUAGAGGACGCUAGGGAUGCCGAUCUUAAAUAUAAGUAUAAACUUGAGAAGUUGUUUCUACAUUGGAAUGCCGUUGACUUCAAAAAUGAUCCGCAUAAUGAUAGAUUACUAUAUCUCGAAGCUUUUCCAGAGGAAAACAAGGAUGUCCCAGCUAAUGAAAAAAGGGAGGAAGCCAUGCUCGAGUAUCUCCAACCUCACGCCAACCUCAAAAAGUUGGUUAUAAAUGGGUAUGGUGGUUCCAAGUUUCCAGAAUGGGUGGGAGAUCCUUUAUCCUUUGCAUCACUUCAAGAAAUUUAUAUAAAGGAUUGUGAAAAAAUAAGAUCUCUUGCUCUAUACAUUCAUGAUUCUCUUGGAAAUCUGGACGCACCCAUAUCAACAUCCAUGCUUGAGUGGGUAAACAUUUCGGGUUGCCGGCAACUGACAUCCAUAGCAGGGCUGCAUCAUGUCCACUUGCUUAAAUAUUUGAAGAUAUACAAUUGUCCUAAACUUUGGCACUUAUCAGAGGAAGGACUGCCAACCAAUCUUCAAGGUCUGCAUAUUAAGGAGUGCCAACAGUUGACAUCACUACCGGAGAUGCAAAACCUUACUUCUCUCAAAGAAUUAAUUAUACAAAAUUGUCCUAAACUUCAGAUCAUGGCAGAAGAUCAGCUCUCAUCUGUGCCUUACAGAGUGGAAAUUGUUGAUUGCCCUGGAUUGAAUAACUGGUGCCAAAUACAAAGAAUCAACUGCAUUAUGGUCGCUUCAGGCAACAAACUAACUAUAUCCAACACAUGGGAGAAAAUAAUGCAUUGGUUUGAUGAUUUGACAUCUGCUAAGCAUCUUUGCUUCAGUAAUUCUUGGAAACUCUUUUGGCGAAGAGACUCCGUACCUAUAUUUGAAGAGCUGACCAUAUGGUGUUGCACGGACAUCCCUCAACUACUGAACCUGCCCACGCUACGAUCUCUUCAAAGCUUGGUCAUAAAGGACAUUCCUGGAAUCCACUGCCUGCCAUCUUAUCUGCUCUCAUCCACGUUCAAGUCCUUGGUGGUUGAUAGUUGUGAGGACCUAACGUUUUUGCCAUUAGCGCAGCGGAACCGAGAUUCAUUUGAGGAGCUGCAGCUUGUUAAUUGUCCUAAGCUCGAACGGGUGGAAGGGAUGAAUUGCCUUUACUUCCUAAAAAUCUUAAGAAUAGAACAAUGCCCUCAACUCCGGCUUCCACAAGAUGAUCGGCAGCCAUCUAUUCCUCCAUGCGUCGAAGAUCAGCUGUCAUCCAUGCCUGACGAAAUAAAAAUUGUUGAUUGCCCUGGAUUGGGUACUUGGUGCCAAAUACAAAGAAUCAACUGCAUUUUGGUCGCUUCAGGCAACAAGCUGACUCUAUCGAACACAUGGGAGAAAAUAAUGCAUUGGUUUCAUGAUUUGACAUCCAUUGAGCAUCCUUGCGUCAGUAAUUCUUGGGAAUUCUUUCGGCUAAGAGACUCCAUACCCGUACUUGAAGAGCUUAUCAUAUGGGCUUGCACAAAAAUCCCACCACUACGGUGCCUGCCCAAGCUCACAUCUCUUCGAAGCUUGGUUAUAAAGGACUGUCCUGGAGUCCAAGUCUUGGAAGAUAAACUGCUCCCAUUUACGCUCAAGUCCUUGGUGGUUGAUAGUUGUGAGAACCUAAAAUUUUUGCUAUUGGCGCAGCAGAAUCGAGAUGCAUUUGAGGAGCUUCAGCUUGUGAAUUGCCCCAAGCUCAUAUGGGUAGAAGGGUUGAAUUGCCUUUUCUUCCCAAAAAUCUUAAUAAUAGAACGAUGCCCUGAACUCCAGCUUCCACAAGAUGAUCGACAGCCAUCUAUUCCUCCACAUGUUGAAAUUGCAGGGAAAUAGAGAAUAAAGAAACAAUUGAUGAUGGAACCCAGGAGAGACAAGUGUUGGAUUAUGUGACGAUUUAGCAUGCUAACAGUGCUAUAUCUUCAAUAUUUGAUGCUGCAGAUGAUUGCAGCAUGGGUCGUUGCCGUUCACAGUCCCUGGUACAAAUCAUUGCAGAACCAUCAGUAUGGAUCAGCACAGCCCUAUUAAAUCCAUUCUUAAUCUUUUAACUAAGGAUUUAAGGCAUGAUUAUUUGUAAACCUGCACAGAGAGCUACCUUGUUAAGGGUCUAGAUCAUGAAUUAUCUAUUUUUAAA